AUGGUUGGCAGAGCCGGCGGCACAGGGGCAUUGCUAUCGAGGCCGUCCGGCUCACACGCGCUCCUCUGGCUGUUUCUAGGUUGGCGGUGCGUGUGCGACUUGUGCGGCCGCAGCUACAAGUCGCGCGUGUACUUGCGCCGCCACCGCGCCUCGCACUUUGGCUCCACGCGCUGCCCGUUCUGCGGCGUGGUGUACAGCACCGCCUGGAACCUGCGCGUGCACAUCCAGGCCUCCUACUCGCAACACGUGGCCAUGCACCGCGGCCGCACCACGUGCCACGUGUGCCAGGCCGUGUACGGCACGCGCUUCGGCCUGCGGCGGCACAUGGCGCAGCGCCACCCCGAGCACGAGCUCCGUCGGCAGCGGGCCGUCCAGGGCCGGCCGCCGCGCUGGCUGGCUCAGUACCACGCGUUCCCGUGCGCCACGUGCGGCCGCGCCUUCGGCAGCCGGCGUGUGCUAAGCCGCCACGAGGAGCUGCACCGCGGCCUCACCACGUGCCCGCGCUGUCAUCGCGUGUUCAGCUGCAAGAUGGCGCUGCGGGCGCACGUGCGGCACAGCUGCCGGGAGACGGGGACUGGACCGGGACCGGUGCUGCGGCCCGGGCAGGGCUGGCGGCCGGGCGUCGUGCGCUUCAGCUGCGAGACCUGUGGCCAGCAGUUCAGUCAGCGCUCCAACCUGUGCCACCACCGCGCCGUGCACCAGGGCCGCACGCGCUGCACGCUCUGCGGCCGCGUGUUCAGCCGCAUGUCCGGCUUGAACGCGCACAUGGUGUUCUCGCGCAAGGGCAACAUGCAGGCGCACCUGAAGUCGGUGCACGCGGCCGAAGCGGCCGUGGCGGCCGUUGUACGCGCUCCGCCCAGCGACGGCUUCGCGUCACCGUGA